CAGUGUUGCAAAAUGUGUUUGUUGUUGUUUUAUAAUCGCCGAAUUUAGUUGAAUUCAAUUUUUAAUAUUUUGUAAAUAAAAAUGAUACGCAAAUUGCACUGCAUGUUGCGAUUACAAAGCGGCAUCACACAAACACUCUACAGACACAGAGCACCGACGAUCCUGGCGAGAAAUUAUGCAACGGACGAAGCAAAUCGAAAUGCAGAUGGCAAGAGUGGCAAUAAUGCAAAACGAGCCUCCAAAAGUCUGCCCGCUGUGCGCAACCCCUUUGGAGCGGCACAGGAGAAGACGAAGAACUCUUACUUAGCGAUGGUGGAAAUCUUUGAGGAGCGCGAUGUUCAUCGGCGUAACCAUGUGGAAUUCAUCUAUGCGGCAUUGAAGCAUAUGCCCGACUUUGGUGUGGAACACGAUCUAGAAGUGUACAAGGCAUUGAUCAAUGUGAUGCCCAAGGGCAAAUUCAUUCCAACGAAUGUAUUCCAGUCCGAGUUCAUGCACUAUCCCAAACAGCAGCAGUGCAUCAUUGAUCUCCUCGAGCAAAUGGAGGAUUUCGGCGUUAUGCCCGACUACGAAAUGGAGGCGAUGCUGCUCAAUGUAUUUGGCAAGAAGGGGCAUCCAUUGCGCAAGUAUUGGCGAAUGAUGUACUGGAUGCCCAAGUUCAAAAACCUCUCGCCAUGGCCACUGCCCGACCAGGUUCCCGACGAUACGCUGGAAGUCGCUAAACUGGCCGUGGAACGCAUGUGCACCGUGGAUCUGCGUUCCAAAGUAGAUGUGUUCGAGACCAAGGAGCUGAAGGACUCGCUGGACGACACCUGGAUAGUGAGUGGCAUGAGUGUCGAGCAGUCGAAACUGCUCAAAGAGCAUUCGCCACAAAAAGCACUUUACAUCGAGGGACCGUUUCACAUCUGGAUACGCAAUCGUCGCAUUAAUUACUUUACGCUGCGUGCGGAUGCAGAUGCCGAGUUCCUGGCACAGUUGGACGAACGGCAACUGGACGAGGACGAUGUGAGUCAGAUCGGUGUGCCAUUCUUUGGACGUGCGCCGCCACGACGACACAAUCAACUGGGCAAAGUGCGUUCGGUGCAUCAGCAGGAUGAUGGCACCAUUUUUGCCAUUUGUGCCACCGGCACCUCAACCAAGGACUCGCUGCUGUCGUGGAUACGUUUACUGGAGCUGCAUGGCUUGGCGUCAUUUGACCAAAUACCUGUGCUCUUUCGCUUCAAGUCCGUUGUGCCCGCAAAGGCGGAGGAAAUCGCUGGACCAGCAGUCCCGAGCAGUGAUAUUGAUACAUCGUUGCAUAGUCAUAAGGAGCACACGUAGUGAGUUGUUGUUAAUAAAUUAAUUGCCGAGCAAAACGAUUUGUUAUCCUCUAGUUUUUUUUAUUUAUUAAUUAAGUAUGCGUGUGAACAAAAUUAGAAAAAAGAAAUUCGUAUUCAAUUUGAAAUUGUGACAUCUACAGAAUUUCCGAUUCCUGCAUAUUACUAUAUAGCAGAUACUCUUCUAUACGUAUAUGUAUCUUUAUAACUUGGUAAUUAGAUUAAGGUAAUAAUAUUAUACUGGAGUUUUGAGCUUAAACGAAAAAAUCACAGAACUCGCGAAAACUAAAUGUAAUGAAGAUCUGCUACAAAUUCAACGACUUAUGAAGUCUGUCACUAAGCUCUAGUAAUAUGUACAUUGCUAUAUUCAAUUUGAGAUAUAUAUAGGCGAUAUCUUUCUUUUUUUUUUUUUUGUGUAUAGUUCUUGAUAAACUAGAGUAAGUAUUAAGCUUGUCAACUGGAGAAGAAGAAAUGCUAGGUACUCUGCCGGUGAUUGUGUGUGUUUUUGUGUGUUCUACGUCAAUCUUCUCAAGAACUCUUUACUUGGCGCGCGUCUUGUUCACCGGAAACACCUGAGUGACCACACCGAUGCCCUUGCUGGACAUUCCCUCGCGGAACAAGAUGCGCAUUCCAGGCCGCACAUACUCCGGAUGGCCAACGAACUCAAACAUGACCGAAGCGGAGUCAUUGGUGCCCAGCUUCUCGCCACCCAUGAUGCCGCGUAUCACGGCCGUUUGACGUAUGCUGCCAAUGUGCACAGUGGUCUGAAAGCCGACAUAGAUGGCCGUCGCAUGAAACAGCACCGAAACCUUGGCCUAAAAUGAAACGCAAGUUAUUUGGAUGACUUUUUGGUGACUCUGCAGCUGCACUCACCUGAAAGAAGUAUGUGCCAUAGGGUUCGUCAAUGUUGCCCGAGUCACUCAGCAGCACCAUGCCGCUGCGCAGCGAUGGCAACUCCUGCGACGGCGUAAACGAGAGCGAGGCACUUUGCCCAGCACGCACUACUCGACACGGCGCCUUGUUGCGAUGUAUGGUGUGCACGUUGACGGCAUGGAAGCUGCCAUCGGGGAGUGGUCCAAUCUUCAUGGGCAUGUUCUCGGUGAGCACGCCCUGCACCAGCAGACCACCCACGACGGGACCCACAUCGGUCACCCGAAAGAUCUCAUCGAUUUGAAAUUCGCAUGGCUCCAAUUCGAGGCGAUCCUUUUCCGCAUUGCUGAUGCCCGGCGAGAGCACAUAUAGAAAUUUGGUGACUAGAUUCAGGCCAGUGCCUGUCACAUUCGAGACACAAAAGAUGGGCACAAUGUUCUCGGACACCUGAUUGGAGCCCGCCGAAAUAGCCUCAUCGGUGUUGGUCACCACAAAUGGCACCUUGCGGCAUCCGAUGUUGGUGAGCAGUGUGCGCAACUCCUGCACCGUGGCAUCCGGUGAUGUGAUAUCAGUUUUGGUUA